GCAUGAAAAUUUCGAAUUGAUUUAGUCGCGGUUCCCCUCCUUUUCCUGUUGGGGGCGCCGUUGGGUUAUUGUAGUGCUCAGCAGCUGCAGAAGAAGAGGAAAUGACGGCCGCGUCUGUCUAAUGUCGUGUCCGGCACGUGACGACGUCUCUGCCACUUUAUCGGCCGUCGCAUAACACCGCACGCUCACCAGAUGCGUCCUCCACAAUGAUGCCGCCGUCUCGCCGCCACACCGUGUCUGACGCCGCAGUCAUCUUCCUGCUGCUGUGCCACCUGUGCUGCCUGGCAUGCUGGUCGGAGGACGGUGCGACAGGCGUCCCCGCCGAGUGGGUCCUGUUGCACGUGGUCCAGGGCCAAGUGGGCGCGGGCAACUACAGCUACCUGCGACUCAACCACGAUGGCGCCAUCGUGUUGCACGUGCACAGCGUGACGGGCGACGCAGACCUUUACGUGUCGGACGCCACGCUGAGGCCCAGCUUUGAUGCCUACAAGCUGCAGUCGGCCACUUGUGGACGUGACGCCGUGGCCGUGCCCGCCGAGUUUGCCCGACCGGUGGGCAUCGCCGUCUACGGGCACCCGUCUCAUCGUCGCAGCGACUUCGAGAUGAGGGUCUACUAUGACCGCGGCGCCGGCACCUAUGACCCAUUCGGUGCUGAGGAGGCCCAGAAAACGGAGGCGGCCGCGACCGAGGACAAACACUUCGAUGAGGACGACUCCGUGUUCUGGACCAAUCUCAUCAGACUUCUGGAAAUCAUUCUGGAAAUCCUCUUUUGAAUCUAAUCACAAGUUUUUCGGGCACUAGCGCCCAAAUUUGCCCUUUUGGGCGUCAGUCACUGUAGCUGAAACAGCUCUUCAAUUUGAGACACCAAAACACAAACCGUACACAAGAAAAAUACACAAACAAAAUACACUAAACACACACGCAAAACACAAACAAACAAAACACCACACACACAAAAGACUUUUAGAAAGCUCUUGAAAAUGUGUUUCUUUCUACUACCCCAAUUCCAAUGAAGUUGGGACGUUGUGUUAAACAAAUAAAAACAGAAUACAAUGAUUUGCAAA